AUGCUGCGCCAUCUACAGGCUUGGGGCACUGAAUCUGUUGGUCAUACACACUACAUUCAACGCGCCUCGGUCAUUCCAAAGAAAGAUGGCUUUACUCAAAUCUAUACCCUUAGCCGGCUCAUUGCCAGCAUUUCGCUACAAUCAUCUCCCUACUUCAUGAUGCAGGCCAAACUUCUUUCCGUUUUCGCAACUUUAUCUUUGUACACGCUUGUUCAAGCACGACCUGGAAGUACUGUGGCCUCUUCGAAGGAUGAUGUUUCGGUAACCUCCGGGGCACCAGGUGCUACUGUCAGCAACGCUCUAUGGUGUGGUUUCGUUGAGAAAACUGCCGUUCAAACUGUUUCUGCGGUUUGGACCGUUCCUAAUGUUGCUCUGCCGGACCCUAACUCGCAAGGUGAUUACGAAAUCUUCCAAUGGGUUGGGAUUGACGGAGCCUCUCCGUCGAGCUGCAACAACGUUUUGCUCCAAGGUGGCACCUCUCAAGUAUUCUACCAAGGAAAAUUAACGACGGACUUCUGGUACGAGUUUUACAACCCGUCGCAGACACCUUCGCUGCAUGUCGCCUACCCACCCCUUGGAGACCAAGUUCGAGUGACAGUGACGGCGACGUCCGCCUACGCGGGAACGAUCCUCUUCGAAAAUCUGACCACAGGCGUCUCGGACACCCAAAAGGUCAAAUCGUCGCAGCCUCUGUGCUUUCAGCAUGUAGAGUGGAUUACAGAGGCCCCAACAAAGUUACUCCCCAACUUUGACGCCUUUGACUUUUCUGAAGUUUCGGCUGUGAAGAAGGACGGCUCCUCCAUCAAUGCUGCCGGUUCAGAUCUGUGGUAUCUGAAUACUUCCGCCGCCACAUGCUCCGCAUACUUGUCGGAUGGCGGUUCUACCAUUACAUUUUCCCAAAACUAA